AUGUCCGGUUGGGCACCCUUGUGGGCUUUGUUUCUGGGUCUGUUCUUAACCAUCACUGAAGGUAGCCAUUAUGAAGGCCACUCCCUGGGCCAGCCCUGCCUCCCUGGCCAUCCUUGCGUGUUAGCAUUUAUCUCUGAAAACCCCGUGAUGCUACGUUGUCCACGCUCUUCAUACAAAGGCCAUAUCACUUGGCAAUACCUUGACCCAUCUUGGACCGGGGAGCAACCACUCACCUUCUUGCGCUCAGGCGGGACUUCUUGGCCCUUGUUUAGCCACGCCAAGCUGCAGAGACUACGUUUCAAAUCCCGACUGAUCGCCAGCAGCCUGUAUAUCCCAAGUCCCAGUACAGAAGAUUCUGGCCUGUACACCUGCCGUGCAGGAGACGCCACCCUCGGCUAUUAUGACGUUGAUUUUCAGAAUGCCGGGCGUCUCCAUGUGUCACAUGCAAGCCUAGGAGAAGCCACUUUGAGCAAUGCUACGGUGCAGCUAGUAAAUGGAACGCAGGCCACCCUGUUCACCUCCUGGAGCCCUUGGCAGUCUUGCGACCACUGUGGUCAUCCUGGGGAACGGAAGCAAGUGGGGUUUUGUUAUGCCCAGAUGACCGCGGUGGACUCUGAGGAGGAAAGGCCAUUGCCUUGUGGGAUAGCCAGGCAGAAGUAUUUGAUGUUGCCACAACGGGAACCAGAGCUGAGGAUAGAAGCCUGCCAAAUGCCCUGUGACACAUACUUGAUCGGCCAAGAGGAGCCAUACUGGGUACCAUUCUUGGUCUUUACCAGCUACCACCCCCAGCAAAAAGCCAUCGCUCACCUUCGCUGCCCAGCAUCUUCCAUCUACAGCCCUGUCUACUGGCAGGUAGGUCUCACAACGUUGACACACCUUCAACUUCAGAACUUCAACUUCUCCAGAAGUUCCCAAAGCCUGGACAAAGCCACUGGUGGUGGGAUCCUACACCUCUCCUUCCAGAACAAUUCACACAGCACUUUGUACCAGUGUUUCGUGAAUGGACAUUUAGCGGGCAAGUUUUUAGUCACUUCUCCUGGUGCGGUGAGCCCACCAGGGGAGCUGGCUCACACUUACUCCAUCAUUGAGGCAUUGGUGGUGGGCCUCUCCAUAUUCCUUGUGUUCCUGAUGUUUCUCAGCAUAAUCGAGUCCUGCAGGAAGAAACCAGAAACUACUGUGGUCUAG